AUGAUGUUCGUGACGACAUUGGACCCGGCCGUCUACCAACUGAGACACAACUACCGUUACGCUGAGGCAUUGAGGCAAAUUCCCCUCCACCUCACCUCGCCCAGCCUUGAUCUCUUGGUAUCAUUAGACCGCAACCAUCAACAAUCCACAUCCUACAGCACUCUUAGCAUGAUCGAGACUACUCCCGAAAAUGAAUGCCCCAUCCUUCCAUCAGUUGUGCUCCAGCCUGACACCAUGGAGAUGACGAAGCCUCUGAAACAGGCAUUGGAAGGAGCCAUGUGUCGCUCCUUCAGUCUCGAUGGUGACUCUUCCAAGGAGUUCCUUCCCGAGCCCGAUAUCAACCGAAUUCUUUCCGAGAAGUCGAUACUUGGAGCUCUCCGGACUUCCUGCCCUGGAGCCGACUUCAUGCGCCGCAUGUAUGCCUCCGCAAUCGUCAAGGAGAAGAAAUACACCAAGAUAUUUGCCAUCCUGGUCUUGAUUGGUCGAGCCGAUGCCAUCGCAGCCUUCAGACAGAAUCACCUCGACGAUUCGCAACUUCCAUUGGCAUUUGCUUCCACGUCGGGAGAAGAGACGAGCACAUUGGUGCGGUCUACAGUCGCCCGAUCUAGCUUCGAUCUAUCCUUGAUGGGACUCAGUUACUACGAGUCGAUACUCUUGGAGGAGACACAGUGGAAGUUUCUUGCCCCUGUGUUUGCGCGAGCUGAUCUCGAUAGCGAGACUCGCAACUUCCCGGCGUCUACUAUCCUGCCUUUCGUCAUGCCUGACUCUCCCCAUGGAAUCCAAGGGCCUCGCAAUGGUUGCAGCAAGAACUCCCGCAUAUAUCAGGCCCACCUUCACGACGGCCAUCACGACUUUCCCGUCUCUACAGUCGCAGUCAAGCAGCUUCUCAACGCUGGACCGGAGGAAUACGCUCGCGAGGUGGAAGCCCUCAAGACCUUUGGCGGCCCCGAUCAACCCCAUGUAAUUGAGCUGCUUGCCACCUUCAAGCAUGGAGAUACCUACUACUUGGUGACUCCUUGGGCUGAACACGACCUUCACGGCCUCUUCACCGAACCGCCAUCCUCCUUGGCUUGCGACUCAGCCAGCGCGGUGAAGCCUACGAGCAUGACCGCGAAGCAAAUGCUUGGUGUCGCCGAGGCCUUGAAGGCGAUCCACUACUGCCGACUGAAGAAGCGCUCCAUCGCGAGAGACCACGAAACGGCUGAAGAAGUCGAUGGGGGCUACCACGGCGACAUCAAACCUGAAAAUAUCCUCGUCGAAAAUGGGCAGUGGAAGCUGGCUGACUUUGGCCUAUCCCAGAUCGGCCGCAAGCCAGACUCUUCGCAAGGAGACAGACCUGCAGGCUGUUCACCGGCGUAUCGUGCUCCAGAGCAUGAUGUUGGCAAGUUUGAUGGCCAAAAGGCAGACAUUUGGUCUCUUGGCUGCGUCAUGAGUGUCGCUGCUACGUGGAUGACUCUGGGCCGGAAGGGGGUCAUGAAAUUCAGCGCCAAUCGCCAGACAAAGACCGGUAAACGGCUCGACAACUCCUUUUUCGAGGUUUCCAAAGACCAGGAAAAGGGUACUCGAGUGAAGCUCAAAGCCGCUGUCUCUGACUGGAUCAGUCGACUCCAUCGGGCCCCGAAAGCGAGUUCCUUCAUUCACGACUUGCUUGAUUUGAUUCAAGACAAGAUGCUGGAAGUUGAUGGUUCCAAGCGAAUAGCUUGCGCUGGUAUUGUCUCCAGCCUCGAGAAGAUGUACGAAAAGUGUAUAGACGACCCAGGCUACACAGAGCCAGCUCCUCGAGGAGAAAUGUCAAGUUGGGCAUGCAGGCAUGAGCUCUCAGUUGGGACCGCGCGUCGUGAAGCUCGGUCAAUCACUGUCAACGUGGUCGAAGUACCAAGCCCAACACAACGCAGUCAGCCAUUCUCGACGCGUGUACCACAGUUCAACUCUUCCUACUCGUCUACCGGCUCCUACAACUCGGAGUAUGACGAUACGAUUGGCUUUCCCUUGGCUGCCUCAUCGACAGAGCCACUUUUAACUUUUGGGCCUUCCGCCAAUACCAUGAAUCAGUCGAACAUUGUAUAUGGAGGCAUGAACCUCACCAUCUCACCUGACAUGGGUCAACUCGGAUCUCCAAACUUGGAAGAAUACUCGUUCUCUUUUGGAGACCCCCCAACAUCUCGUCCGAGUCUGACUGUUCCUGAAAACACCAAGAAUGGGAAGCGGCGCUGUAGCACCAGCAACGAGAAAUCUGCAGUCAAACGACAUGGAAUAAGAUUGCACCGGUUAACAUGUUAUCAUAGGGAACACCUUCGUCGCAACCAUCGCGAACCUGGAUACAAAUGUAGCAGGUGUCAAGUGCGACUGUCAUCGGCAGAAAAGCUCAAUAACCACUACAAUUCUGAAGUUCAAUGCCAAAGGCAACCUGCCAUCGUCGAUGAUAACAUGGACGACGCUCAGUGGAGCUCUUGUCAAGGACAGAUGCGCGGGAUGAAUGGAGCCGGCAAGUGGGGGGAGAUCUACAAAAUCAUCUUCGGACCGACAUGUCCAGAGGUCAUGCCUUCACCCUAUCGCGACGAACUUGAUGAACUUGAUAAAUUCUGCAAGUUCCUGGACUCACAGAGACAAUUUCAGACCUGUGACAGCAUUCAGCGGGAGAUUGCUAUAUGUCUGAAGUGGAUUCGCGAAUUCCAGGACCAACCGUCUCUCACACAGUCGUCUAUCAAAUCCGAAGUGCCGUCGUUGACCGAGGGCUUGUCCAAUAUCUCGACACUGUCCACUGAUGUCAUGGCAACGAGCAUUGACCAAGAGCAGAUUUACUACGCAUAUAAUCCAACAUUCGAUUCUAGUUGUCAACAGAUUGGAACGAUGACGCAAGAUCAUUCGGUUGUUAACCUUCAAUAUCUUGGGUGUCAUUUGAAUUUUGGACCUUAA